CCUAUUUCAAUAUAAAACUUUACUUGUAAUGCAAACAUACCUAAUAUAAUAUGUAAAAAAACUAAAGAAAAAGAUUUAGAUUAGCAAUAAAAUGUCAGUUUCUUAAAUGACUAAACUCGCGCUAUUCGAGGUUAUUCGAGAAUGUAUAACGCAUACAAAAUAACAGUGAAACAAGGCAGUAUACCUUGUUUAUGUACAGAACUGAAUCUUGCUCUUACAUUGCACGGUGGCCAGAGUUUCAGAUGGAUGGUUUGCGACAAUGGUUAUAGAGGUAUCUUUAAUGGAUGCAUUUGGACUUUGUCUCAAAAUAAAACCCAUCUCUUUUAUACUGUACAAGGACAAUUAAAGGAUUCUGUAAAUUAUGAUAACAUUCUGUCUGAGUAUCUUAGGCUGUCAGUAUCAUUACAGGAACAUUAUAAAGAGUGGGCAAAAGCAGAUACACACUUUCAAAAGUGUCUAGAUGAAAGUAAUGCUGUUCGGAUACUGAAGCAAGACAUUGUGGAGAAUGUAUUCUCAUUUAUCUGUAGUUCUAACAAUAACAUUUCAAGGAUAUCAAAUAUGGUUGAAAAAUUAUGUUCAUUAUUUGGUCGUAAAAUAUGUUUGAUAGAAGGUAAAGAAUAUUAUGAUUUUCCAACAAUAGAAGUUUUGAAAGAAAAAAAUGUAAAAAGCAUAUUAAAAAGAGAACGAUUUGGUUAUCGUGCUGAAUAUAUAGUUAAUGCAGCAGAGCGUUUAUCAGCGUUGGGUGGAAAGGAUUGGCUUUUAAAUCUGCAAAGAGAAAAUGUUUCUUAUCACGCUGCCAGGGAACAAUUGAUGAUUUUGCCAGGAAUUGGUCCUAAAGUUGCAGAUUGCAUAUGUUUAAUGUCACUAGGCCAUUUAGAUGCUAUACCUGUUGAUACUCAUAUUUUUCAAAUAGCACAGGCAAAUUAUUUACCACACUUAAAAAAACAAAAAACAGUUACUCCAAAAAUUCAUACUGAAGUAAGUAAUUAUUUACGAGAACUAUGGGGUCCAUUAGCUGGAUGGGCACAAGCUAUUGUGUUCUCUACAAAAAUUAAUAUCAAAUCUAAACUAAAUGGAAAGCAAAAACACAAAAACGAUAAUGAAAAUUUAAUACAAGCAAAAAUACUUAAGGUGGUUUGAUCAUCGCGUUUAUUUUUACAAUAUAGGUUAUACAAAACAAUUUUAUCCAGAUUUGUAGAAAAAGUGUUUUGUUUUAACUGCUAUUUUUUUAACAUUAUUUUGCACGAUUUAUAUAUUUCCAAAAUUGUUAAAUAACUAAAUAUUGAUUCUAGUAUUCUAUUCCAAUGUACCAAUAAAUUAUAUUAGCCAUUUUCUAGAAGAAUUAAUUUGUGUUUUUAAUAUCUAAUG